AUGUAUGAACUUGGCCUUUGUCAUAAUGAUGGAGAAGGUGUUGAAAAAGAUUAUAAUAAAGCUUUUAAAUUGUUUAAACAAUCAACUGGAAGAGGAUUUCCAGGUGGGAUGAUGAUGUUAUUAAUGUUAGGAUAUUGUUAUGAUGAAGACGCAAAUAACAACUUUACUUCUUGUCCAGGAACGAAAGGAUCAGGUGUCAUUUUUACAUCGAGUCCCACUGUAUCUGGUGGAAAACCGGGACAUAGUGGAAAUGAAGUUUUCCUUUUUUCAAGUGGUACUGCAUCGACCACAAAAAGCGUAGCAAAUAAAACGAAUGCAAAAAUAAAAAUUCGACUCAUGAUUACUUAA